CCCAAACACAUCAUGAUGAACCUCUCAAUCUUCCUAGUGAACCAUCCCAUUCUUCUAAACUUUGCAUGGGUUGAAGGCCAAACCUUUGGAUCCUCACCUUUUUUCCUCAUUUUUACAAUCUUCUCUUACCUAUCCCUUACCUUCCUCCUCUCCCACAUUCCCUUUCCCUCCAUUUCCCCUCAAUUCCUCAAAGCAAUCUCAUCCCUUCAUAACUUUAUCCUCCUCAUCCUCUACUUCAUUAUGGCCAUUGGAUGCACUCUCUCUUCAAUUUACCAUGUGUCUCACCCUCUUUUGCUUAUUUGCUUCCCACCUCAAACCCCACCAAUUGGACCUCUCUUCUUUUGGGCUUACAUCUUCUACCUCUCUAAGAUUCUUGAACUUCUUGACACCCUCUUGAUCAUCCUUAGUCGAUCCUAUCAACGGCUCACAUUCCUCCAUCUUUACCACCAUUCAAUGGUCUUGAUCAUGUCUUAUCUUUGGCUUAGCACUUCCCAAUCGUUGAUCUCAAUAGGAAUAGUUGUCAAUGCCAUAGUGCACAUCAUAAUGUAUGGCUACUAUUUCUUGUGCUCCAUUGGGAUUAAACCAAAGUGGAAAAAGUUGGUUACUAAUUGCCAAAUCUUGCAAUUUGUGUUUGCGUUAGUGGUUUCGGGUUGGAUGUUGUAUGAGCAUUUUGGAAGGUCAUCAUCCCUUGGUGGCUGCUCGGGUAUGAAGAGUUGGUGUUUCAGUAUUGUUUUCGUUGCCUCUCUUUUGGCUCUUUUCAUUGACUUUCAUUCCAAAAGCUAUGUGAUGCAUGCCAACACAAACAAGAAUAAUAAAACUUUAUGAAUUUUUUAGAGGCAAUAUCAAACUUUUGGAUAAUGUUUCAAGUACCUACGUUUUAGCUAGCCAUAUGAAUGAUGUUUCUAUUGAAAGUCACAAUAUAUGUUUUAUGUACGUCAUUGUAAAAUCAGA